AUGGCGAGCGCGGGACAGCCAGCGGCCACAGCGCCAGCAACGAUGGAAGAGAAAAAGCCAACGUCGAGUAUCCCCAAGGGCAAGACGGAGCUGAAGAUUCUCAUGCUUCACGGCUACACGCAAUCAGGACCCCUCUUCUCAGCGAAGACAAAAGCCCUCAACAAGCUCCUCAUAAAAGCUCUCUCCCCGGCACCGCUGAACCUCCACCCAACCCUAAUCUUCCCAUCAGGACCACACCGGCUGCGGCCCUCCGACAUCCCAGGCUACGUGCCGUCGGAGGACCCGUCUCAGCGGCGCGAUGACGACGACCUAGACAACUGGGCCUGGUUCCGCAAAGACGACGCAACCGGCUCCUACGCCGGUCUAGACGACGGCAUGCACCGCGUCGCCACAGCGAUCCGCGAGGCCGACGGCGUGGACGGGGUCCUAGGGUUCAGCCAAGGCGGGUGCAUGGCGUCGCUCGUGGCCUCGGCCCUCGAGCAGCCGCACCGCGCACCUGUCGCAGAAUCCCAGCCCUGGCUCCCGGAGCUGCGCGCCGCGAACGGCGGACGCCCGCUCAAGUUCUGCGUCGUCUACUCUGGCUUCCACGCGACGCCGUCGGAUCUGCAAUGGCUGUUCGAGCCCGCCCUCGCGACCCCGACGCUGCAUUUCCUGGGCGGUCUGGACACCGUUGUCGAGGAGAAGCGCAGCAUGGCGCUGGUUGAGCGGUGCCGGGAUCCGAUGGUGCUGACGCAUCCGGGAGGGCAUUAUGUCCCUGUCGCGAGGGACUGGGUCAUGCAGCUGGCGGGAUGGUUACGGCAGCGCUGUGUGGAGGCUGCGGAUGAGGGGACUAAGGAGUCGUUGUGA